AUGGCACGACUGUUUUUGAUAACGUCAGAGUUUGGGGUACUGGCUUGCUUAUUGCUGAUGGCAAUGAUGACCAUCUUCCAGAUACAUCACUAUAAAACGUCUGUAUCGCAUGGAGAAAACCAUUGGGAACAUUUCAGUUGGCGGACGCGUAAUACAUCUAAACAAGGUCAUGUUAGAAGACAUGGGAUUGAUAUCAAUAACUACGGUGAAUCAAAGCGUCACAUAGCCUUUUUGAAGGUUCAUAAGGCUGCAAGUUCCACCGCUCAAAAUAUCUUCCUCCGUUAUGCCAAUCGGAGAGAUCUGGUUGUGGUUAUGCCGCAUGUCCCAAAAUUUUUCUAUCCAAAUAUAAUAAGCACAGGGUCCACUGUGACAUCAAAGAAUAUUCUUCCGCCUCCAGCAAAUAGAUCCUACGAAAUUCUUUGUUGUCAUGUUUUAUAUAACAGAGAAGCGUUUGUGAAAAUUAUGCCAAUAGACACUAUCUAUAUUGGGAUAAUACGAGAACCUUUCGAACAUUUCACAUCCAUUUUGAAUUACUUCCGGCCCGGAGAAAUAUUGAAUAUCAAUGAUACCAUGGCAGUUUCGAAAUAUUUACAGGAACCGUCACGUUACACAAAGCGGACUUCUAACAGUUACGCAAAUAACAGAAUGGCAAGAGAAUUUGGCUUUCCAUCUGAUCUUUUUACAACACACAAUAAAACGGAAGUGCAGCUCUAUUUGCAGAAGUUAGAAUCUGAAUUCGAAUUGAUGAUUAUCGUAGAACAAUUUGAUGAGUGUAUGGUCUUAAUGCGUCGACUUCUAAAUUGGAAAUUGUCUGAUAUUUUAUACAUUAAGAAAAAUGUCAAACAUAAACUAUUCGAAAAAAUAAAGUUCACUGCCGGUGACGUUAACCUAUACAAGAGAUGGGCAGUGCUUGACUAUGCCCUUUACGAUCAUUUCUAUCAACGACUUCAAAACCAGAUACGCAUGCAGGGUCCUGAUUUUUAUGACGAACUACUUUACUUUAAACGUAUGCGACAUGAUAUGGAAUUUUUCUGUAACCCCAUGUUGGGAGCAAAAGGGACAACGAUACAUCAAUUUGCUGCCUCAAGGUGGAAUCCGGCAUUCGUCAUCACUGAAAAGGACUGUCAUUACAUGCAUAUUGGAGAAACAGCUUUCAUUAAAGAGAUACGUCUCAAGCAGUAUGGAUUUUUCAACGACAGGCCCGGAGAAGACGAAAACAACCGAACAAAAGCAGGAAACAAGACAGAGGAGUAA